UGAACCUUAAGGUACGUGAUUAGACUUGGUGUUAUGAAUUGAGCUACUUGGUUACCCCUUGCUAAAGCUGGAAAAAUUUGCUUCCAUUUGAGUCACCUUCAUAAUCUUCUGCUGUUUCGUUUUUUGUCUAUUGGUUAAUGGCGGCUACAAGCACAACAAUUUGACUAUGUGCACUCUGUUUAUGAAUUGUAUUUUUUUUUUUUUUUUUGAGUUUCUCUGUUCAUAAAUUUUGACCAAAAUUGUUUGGCUUCAAGUUGGCUGGUUUGGGUAGUUUUUACUGCGAACAUGCGCGUUUGUCGGCCUGCUUAUUGUUUUAGAAUUUUGCCCUUGGGAAGAUAUUUUAACUGUUGGCAUUAGGUAAAGCAAUCUUCUAACCCUAUAUAUAGGCACCGGCAGGAAUCCUGGUAUUUGAGUAAUUGGAGUGAGAUAAGAUGAUACCUCACUUCCUUACAACUUGACUUUAUGGUUGGCUAAUCCUUUAAUGAGAUAUCAGAGCAUAUGCUUUUGAGGUUUUUACGUUGGCAUGUUAUCUUUGAAAAGCCUCUUAUACUAGCUUUUGUGUGUUUACAUUUAAUUGGCCUUCUCUUAUCUGGUGAAAGUUUUCCUUUUCGUAGGUUGUAAUGUGGAUGAUAUUGCUUCUCUUAUUUCUUGGGUGCCCUUUUUCCCUUCUAAGUUCUAUAAUUCAGCUGUUUCAGUUGUUUUGGGUACUUGGGGCUUUGGUUGUCUGGGUGGUGUUUUGGUGUGGGGGGAAUUAAGCAUCAUUAAGUGCCAGUAGAAUGUGGUGGGAAGAAUUUCUCGAUCUGAUUCUUGAUGAUGACAACAGAUACAUAGCACCUGAACAAGUGCCAGUACAAUAUGGUGGGCUAAGCACAGAGGCUGAGCAGGAGUUCACUAUUGCCGAACCUGCUACAGAGGUCACAAUCAAGCUAGCAACCCAGCACACUGUUGAAUUCCCUCUUACUGAGACAUGCCUUCUGGUCUGGGAGGCUAAAGUGGUGGGGUGCGACGUGAGCUACGGAGCUGAGUUCGUGCCGAGCGCCGAGGGUGCCUACACCGUGAUCGUACAGAAGGCCAGGAAGAUAACCCUGACCGAUGACAAGCCCAUCAUCUGCUGCCGCUUCAAGGUCGGGGAACCGGGCCAAGUGGUGCUCAUCAUUAACAACCAGUCCUCCAAGAGGAAGACGCUCCUUUACAGGUCCAAGACCAAGGCCUGCCCGGAAGACCAAUGCCCUUGUUGAUCAGUAAAUUUGGAUUGCUUUUCAUUUUUGAAAUAUUUCAAUUGUAUUUCUCGGUUGUAAUAUGUUCCAUUUUUGUUCAGUCUGAAUUGCAGUAAAUCCAAAUUGAUUGUGAGGACUUCAUUGUA